AUGACCUCUGAAGACACACUCCAAAGCCUGCGCGCGCAGAUCCUCGGUACCCAUCCCGCAAUCCCAACCACCACACACACUCCUUACUUACACCUCCUACANGACAACUUCUCCAUCACCAUGCCCGACCAACUCAAAACCAUAAUCGUGCUCGCACACCACAACAACACUUGGUGGUGUAUUGUCUACGGCAACGACAACAAACCCAUCUGGAAGACUGGCAAGGGCUGCGAUACUCCAGAGUUGGCUUUGCGCAAGAUGUUGGUCUCGUCGAGUGAUUUGGUGUUUGAUAAGUUCAAGAAGGAUGGCUUUGGGCUUGAUGUUUGA